AUGGACGAUAUCCUCCCCCAGAAAGAAGGCCUGUACUCGGCUGAGGCCGUCGGCAGCGACAACAGCAGCGAUGCCAUCGACCAGGAUGGCAAGGAUAUGGCCCGUAUGGGCAAGAAGCAGGAGUUCUCGCGCAACUUCAACUGGAUCAGCAGUUUUGUCGCCUUGAACAACUUCCAGCUGCUCGUCGACGGCGGCACGGCGGGCAUGUUCUGGAGCUACACGUGGGUCAUCACGGGCCAGUUCUUCAUCGUCCUGAGCCUGGCCGAGAUGGCGUCGAUGGCCCCGACGGCCGGAGGACAGUACCACUGGGUCAGCGAGUUUGCCUCGAGACGCUACCAGAAGGCCCUCAGCUACACCUCGGGCUGGCUCAGCUCGCUGUGCUGGCAGUCCUUCGUGGCCUCCGACUGCAUGUUCGCCGCCCAGCUGCUCAUGGCGCUGGUGCAGCUGGGAAAGCCGGACUUUGACGUCAAGAACUGGUACACGGCGCUCCUGAGCAUCCUGAUCGGCAGCCUGGUCACCGGGAUCAAUGUCUGGGGGGCGAAGAAGCUGGCCCUGCUGGAGAACGUGUUCGUGGCCCUACACGUGGCCGGGUUUUUCGUCGUGCUCAUCACCAUCGCCGUCGCCUCGCCCAAGAACGACGCGAAGGACGUCUUUCUCACCUUCUCCGACAAUGGCGGCAACUUUCCUCUGCUGGGCCUUGCCGUCAUGGUCGGCCAAGUCCCUGCGAUGUGGAACGUGCUGGCCUCGGAUGCCGUCGCCCAUCUGUCGGAAGAAGUCAAGAACGCGAGCGUCGUGACGCCCAAGACCAUGUUUUGGGCAUACAUGUUCAACAUCCCCCUCGCCUUCGCCAUGUUGAUCGUGUUCCUGUUCGGCAUGACCGACGUGGCCACCGCGACCACCGAAGCCUUUCCCUUCGUGUGGGUGGUGCAAAACUCGCUCAGCACGGCGGGCGCCCAAGGCAUCACCUCCAUCAUGUUUAUUUUGGUCUUUAUGAUCGCCGUCAGCUGCUUCGCGUCGACGUCGCGCCAGCUGUUCGCGUUCGCGCGCGACGACGGCAUGCCGUUCCCAACGUGGAUGAAGAAAGUCAACCCGAAGCUCAACGUCGCGGCCAACGCCUGCUUCGUGACCUGGGGCUACACGGUGGUCAUGAGCCUGAUCUACCUGGGCAGCCCCGUGGCCUUCAACGCCAUCAUCAGCCUGGCCAUUGUGGCGCUGAUGGCCACGUACGCCAUCAGUAUAGCCUGCGUGCUGUGGCGCCGCAUCAAGCUCCCCGAGACGCUGCCGCCCGUCUUCUGGAGCCUGGGCAAGUGGGGGAUCGCCGUCAACGGGCUCGGCCUCACCUACGCCAUCUACGCCUUCUUCUGGGCCUUCUGGCCCAUCUACUGGGAACCGAACGCGGAGGAGAUGAACUGGGCCGUCGUCCUGUUCGUGGGGGUUAUGUGCAUCUCCGCGGUCAACUGGGUCCUCAGUGCCCGGCGCAUGUACACUGGCCCGGUGGCGACGUGUGAAGGCCGCCAGGAAGAUUAA